AUGUCUUUAAAACUUCUCAACCAUACUUCGUCCUCCUUACUCAAGACGAUCCUUAGAACCUAUUCGAAUAACUCUUUAUCAGGAUUAUCUCCAAAGAGACGCACCUCUUCCACCAGAUACAUAUCAAGUUUGAACACCUCGGUAAAAUGUACAAAACUCAUCAUCCGUUCACCUUCCUCAUCAGCCCCUAGAGAAAGUCCAACUCCUUUAGUUUUUCUUCGAACCAAUAUCCCAAUCUUCAUCUCUCCACUUCUUAUCUCAACCCCUGCAGGAUCCUCAAAUUCGUAUGCAGACCCUUCAAAUAAACACAUUCGUACUCCCGUCGGCCCAUGGAGAUCGUCCCAGGAUAAUCAGGUGUUAUCGAAUGACAUACGGGAACAUCCAGAUUUGGAAGAUAGGACAGAUUGGGAAGGAUGGAGUUCAAUGUUUUCUGAAAAAGGUUAUACUUCUAUCGAGAUUGACAUAUCUCUCCAGUCCUACAACCCCGUCAAUCCUUCCAAUUAUCCGAAUCCCUCUGAUUCCACCCAUAGUCUAUGGGUGAAAGGUUCAACAAGAGAUAUUCUCAAAGAAAUGUCAACGUUAUUAUCGACCGAAAUCCGUUUGUUGGGAAUACCAUUUCCACCUAUUCUCAUAUCGAUGGGAAAAUCAACCGUGUUGAGUCAAUCUUACGUUGGAGAUUAUCCUGUUCAAGGAAUGGUUUUGGUUGAUCCUCCGAAGGAACCGGUAUGGGGUUUAUCAGAUUUGACAAAUUCUUUGAACUCUCCAGGCUCCUCAGGCUCGCUGGGGUCGAUAAGGUCAAUAGAAUCGUCGGCUUCGUUAAACAGGGGAAACUUAUCGAGCUCCUCGCUCUCGCUGGAAUCUUCGGAUUCAGGGGAGGAAGACCGGGAGGAAGUGGGCAGAGUAAAAACGUCGGAAAAGUCGGAAGGAAAGAAGAGAUUGGAAAAAUUGGAAUUCAAGUAUGAACCUACUUUCCCUAUUCUUCUUCUUGGGGUCGAAGAUAGAAUGGAAGAUGUUCUUUCCAGUAGACUAGGUCAAGCUGCUACUGGGAGUAUUACUGGAGGGAGGUGGAGAAAAGGGGUAGAAGUGGAAAGUAUGAAGGAUGGGUUAGGAGAAGAAACGAGAUUAGUGCGGUUUCUGAUCUUUAUCACACCCGAUCAUAAGAUCCGUGUAGUCGGAGGUCUAGUUUCUUGUAUCUCUGACAGGGCCUUACGAUACCUUUCGAGAAAAAGGUCGGAAGCUACAUUAUGA